AUGGUUUGGCUUUGGCCGGCCGGGAGGAAGAAAACAAGGGCUGUUGCCUGGGCGCACUUAUCGAUUCGAGGCAAUCGGCAGAGUUGCCCUGGCUCUGUUAACCUGAGCUGGUAUACUUUGGUUGAGCAGUCGGCUAAUCUGCCCAGACAGGCGGAGGAGGCUAAAACCUGUCUAGAGGAGUCCGACCCGACUGUACGAAUUUCAGAGCAGAACAAGACUGUUAUGAAAAGAAUUGUAUACAUGCUUUUCAGGCUGGAGGACGGAGAAAGGGAGGAGGACACUGGCCUUUACAAUGCUGGUGGAUAG